CACUCAACAGAUCCGCUCUACGGCCGUGUGUUUUGUCGUCUGUUGUCCGUUGGUUAAAGCACGCAGUUGGUUCACAGUGAAACGAAGCAUGGCGGCACGAUUGAUAAAGAAAAUUUUGGAUGGCGAAUAUGGAACGCUGCUGGCAAAAUUUUCCGCCCAACUGAAGGACAAUUGGGUCAAGAUUUACAUAACCUCCUCCACCUCCUCCUCGUCCACUGCAUCCACGGCAAACACUAAGCGAACCGAUCCGAUUGUUCAAACGGGUGCCCCGUUCGGUGCCCGCACGUUCGCAUCCGGCGCGCGCAAAGUCACACUGAUUCCGGGCGAUGGCAUUGGGCCGGAAAUUUCUGCCGCCGUGCAGAAGAUUUUCGCCGUCGCGAACGUACCGAUCGAGUGGGAAACGGUCGACGUUACGCCGGUGCGGAAUCCGGAUGGCAAGUUUGGCAUCCCGCAGGGCGCUAUCGAUUCGGUGAACCGCAACAAGGUCGGACUGAAGGGACCGCUGAUGACGCCGGUCGGCAAGGGCCAUCGGUCGCUCAAUCUGGCCCUGCGCAAAGAGUUCAACCUGUACGCGAACGUGCGCCCGUGCCGGAGCCUCGAAGGCUACAAGACGCUGUACGACAACGUGGACGUGGUAACGAUCCGCGAGAACACGGAGGGCGAGUACUCGGGCAUCGAGCACGAGAUCGUGGACGGGGUGGUGCAGAGCAUCAAGCUCAUCACCGAGGAAGCCUCCAACCGGGUGGCCGAGUACGCAUUCAAGUACGCCAAAGAUAACAACCGCAAGAAGGUGACGGUGGUGCACAAGGCCAACAUUAUGCGCAUGUCGGACGGGCUGUUCCUGCGCUGCUGUCGCGACAUGGCCCAGAAGUACCCGGAGAUUAAGUUCGAGGAGCGCUACCUCGACACGGUCUGCCUGAACAUGGUGCAGGACCCGCGGAAGUACGACGUGCUGGUCAUGCCCAACCUGUACGGCGAUAUUCUGUCCGACAUGUGUGCCGGUCUGGUCGGCGGUCUCGGUCUCACGCCGUCCGGCAACAUGGGCCUGAACGGUGCGCUGUUCGAGUCGGUGCACGGUACCGCGCCCGACAUUGCCGGCAAGGAUCUGGCCAAUCCCACUGCCCUGCUACUGUCGGCGGUCAUGAUGCUGCGGCACAUGGAGCUGAACCAGCAGGCGGACAAGAUCCAGAACGCGUGCUUCGAGACGAUUAAGGAAGCGAAAUGGCUAACCGGUGAUCUGGGCGGCAAGGCCAAGUGCUCCGAGUACACCAACGCCAUCUGUGACAGAAUUAAGUAAAGUGGGAGGGGAGGAGCUGGACCAGAAGCGGGAACGAGAGGAGGGAGUGUUUUGCGUGCAGGACAAACCUCCACCUCGACCCUCCGCCUAUCAAGCCCCCCUUCAAACGCCAUAAGAAUGCAAGCGGGAGAUGAGAGAGAGAGAGAGGAAAGAGCGAGAAUAGUGGCUGUUUCUAGUGAAUUACUAAGCACAGGGCAGAGAGAGGAGAGAGAGAGCGAGAAGGAAAAAACGGCAGUAACUAGCGAACUAUUUAUUUGUAAUUUUAAAUGCAAACGAAAUAUCCUACAAACAAUUACUACAGACACACACACACAACACGGACACGAACGCGAGGCCAUUGGCGGUCCCCCGACGCAACGCCGCGCGUCCUUCCUUUCCGUCGCAGCAUUGGCUUCUUCAGAUGGGAACCAGUAUUAGGAUGCGCGGAAGGUACACACCCAGCAUCCCAACACAAGCCACCCACGUCCAAAGACCGACAAAGUAUCGAGCAAUGAAACGGUAUCCGAGCCCGCCACAAAACUGGACCGCGCCGCCACAACCGGAACCGCCUCGCUUUCCUAGUUUCCUUCCUGUUUUGCGCCGUCAGACAAUAAUAAGCGAGCGAUAGGAGAGUGUGUGUGAGGAGGAUUGCGCGGUUGGAAUGUUUUCCUGUGCCCGUUUUGUUUUUACUCCUCCCGUUAGUUAGUCAUUUAGUCAGCCAGACAGAAGCGAGUAGUAGUAGUGGUGUUUACCUAGUAGAUGCAUUGGGUGGUGAUGGCGCAAUCCGACGAUCCCUUUCAACUUCAAACUCGCAAAACGGAACUGCUACUACUAGAAGAACGCCAUGUUAGUAAGGAUCAACCAAAAAACAAAAAUGGAAAGAGAGAACACGCGCGGCGCCGCCUGUGUCGGACGCGGGAUCGCGAAGGAGACACGCGUGCAGAGAGCAAGAAACACCGGAAUUUCACCAAAAAUCGAAAUAAAAUUGUUUCAAAAUUAGUUGAUGCA